AUGCCUUGCAGUGGAAGCUUUUUAGAGUUUAUCUUCCUUACAAUCAUACUUUUCAUAUUAUUAAUCUGUCAAAAUAUUCAAGGAUAUGUUUUAUCAGUAGGCCAUAAUGGAACCCUGACAUACAAGCCCUCUGAAUUGAGUCUAAGCCAUAUGCAAUACCUGGCAGGACUUUCAGAUCCGACAGACCUUCGUCAACAUGUGCAAAGGAUUUCGGUCAAGAGGGUAGUGGAUACUCCAGGACAUGCAAUAGUAAGAAAUUACAUAGUGGACUAUCUAAGAAAACUUAAAUGGAAUGUAGAGCUGGACAUUUUCCAGCAGAAGGUACCUAUCCUGGGAAACCUAACUUUCCAGAAUAUAGUGGCUAAGAAAAAUCCUAAAGCCCAAAGAAAUCUAAUGUUGGGCUGCCAUUAUGAUAGCAAAUACUUUAAGAACUUUAAUUUUGUGGCCGCCACGGAUUCAGCAGUUUCAUGUGCCUUGUUACUAAAUAUGGCCAAAAUACUUAAUGAUCGGUUAAAGUCAUCUGAAAUCAGCUUAAUGCUAGUCUUCUUUGAUGGUGAGGAGGCUUUUGAGAAAUGGUCAGAAACGGAUUCCCUAUACGGCUCUCGGCAUUUGGCGAAAGUUUGGGAGGACAAAGGCUUUCUUGGUAAAAUUGAUUUGUUUUUGCUUUUGGAUUUAAUUGGAGCCAAGAACUUGAGCUUUAAGAAUUAUCUGCCAGAUACUUCGGAAUGGUACAAUAGAUUUGUUCAACUGGAGAAGAAGCUUGCCAAGGCGGGAAUUCUUAAUUUAGAACAUCAUCUUUUUAAAUCAGAGUUUGGCCAAGACUCAGAUGAUGAUCAUCUGCCCUUUAUAAGGCGAAAUGUGUCCGUAGUCCAUCUAAUAGCUGAAAAGUAUCCAGCUGUCUGGCAUCAAGCUGAAGAUGUGGAGCGGAAUGUGGACUAUAAUGUUACAGAGCAGUUUGGUCUUGUCCUUCGGAUGUUCCUCAUGGAGUACCUCAACUUCUCCGCAACUCCUUUUCUUAAGUCCAUCUAUUAAUGAAUUAAAAAUAAACACUUUUUUGACUCUUUUUCUACUUUUUAAUACAUUUUCCUUACUUAUUUUCGUAGCGGGGUUGAUUGAAUAAACGGCAAUAAAAAAAAACAAGCAAUGAAAAAUUCAAGUCAGAUGGGUCAAAUGAAGUGCUUUGAGAUCGUUUCUUUAUUAAUGACCACGAUUCUGACUUUUGCCUGAACCGCAGACUUCUCUCAGUAUAUGUGUUUGUUACUUUUUGCCUCUGCUGGCAACUGGCAACCGAAUCGUAUCAAAUUUCCAUCCAUCCGCCAUCGUUUUUCCGCUACC